GGUCUCGGCAAGACGAUUCAAGUCAUAGCCUUCAUAGCUUAUCUGAAGGAAGCAAACGUUCGCGGUCCGCAUCUCAUAGUUGUGCCGUCGUCAACGAUUGAAAACUGGAUGGCGGAAUUCAUCAAAUGGUGCCCAAAAGUUCGCGUAUGUUUCUUCAUUUGUCUUUCCUUGAACAUGCUUCACGACCUUUUACACUUUUCACAACAACAUCUUGACUAUUUCUAUAUUUGUUAA